AUGAAAUAGGCCAACAAUUCUAUAAAUGAGAUUGAUAAACUGUAUACAAAAGGUAGUUGUUGAAGCAAAUGCUUAGGUUUAAGCUUAAUGAGGAAUACAAAUUAUUAGUAAGCAAUUAACGUCUUCGAUCAUAUUUUAAGAAUUGAUUCAAAGCAUUUCGAAACUUUAUGCGAAAAAGGUAAGAUAGAAAAAUAUCAGGUGAAUGUUUAAGAUCUUUGGAAAAAUAUUCAGCUGCUUAAGAUAGUUUCCAAAAGGCAUUGAUGAUACAACCAAAUAAUGUAGAAUUAAUACUUAAAUAAAGUAUUUCUUAAAAACUUUGUAUUAGGUUUAUGUUUAAUAUAAAUGGAAAAGUACUAAAGUGCCUUAAAACUAAUAGAUACUGCAUUAAAAUAAGAACCUAAGAAUAUUGACCUUUUAUUCAAUAAAAGUAUUAAAUAUAAUUAUUUAGGUUUAUGUUUAAAGAUGAUGAACAAUCUUGAUAGGGCUUUGAAUUGCUUAAACGAGGCGAUUUAAAUAGAAAAUAGAAAUACAAAACUGUUGCUUCACAAAAGUAAUUAAUUUUUGAUUUUAGGUUUAUGUUUAUAGGAACUCGAAAAAUAUGAUCAAGCAUGCAAAACAUUAGAUUAAGCCUUAUAAUUGGAACCUAAGAAUAUUGAAAUAUUAUUGAAUAAAAGUAUCAAAAAUAAAUAGAUAUUUAAGGCAUUUGCUUAAAGAUGUUGAAAUAGCAUGUUUAGGCCUUAGAACUUUUAGACAAAGCGUUAUAAAUUUCACCAGAAAAUGUGAACUUGAUGCUAAAUAAAUGUAAUUAGAGUUUUAUUUUAGGCAUUUGUUUACAGGCCUUAAAUAAAUAUGAUCAAGCUUCUAAAGCAUUGGAUAGAGCCAUAUAAUUAGAACCAAAAAAUUUUGAUGUUUUAUUGAUGAAGGGUGUUUAAGACAUUUAUAUUUAGGUUUUUGUUUAAAGAUUCUAAAUGAAGUUGAUAAGGCAGUAUAAUUUUUAGAUAGAGCAUUAGAAAUUUAACCAAUAAAUGUUGAAGUAUUAUUAAAUAAAGGUUUAUUGAUUAUUAUUAUUUAGGAAUUUGCUUACAAAUGCAAAAAAAGUUUGAUCAAGCUUCUAAAGUAUUUGAUAAUGCGUUAAAGCAUGAUAAGAAAAACAUAGAUUUAUUAAAGAAUAAAGGUAGUAAAGCUGGUUGAUUUAUAGGGAAUUGUUUAAUUUAACUCAAGAAGCAUUCUGAGGCUUUGUAAUUUUUUGAUCAAGUGCUCGCUCUUUAACCAUAGAAUGUUGAAAUAUUAAUCAAUAAAAGUUUUAGAUAUAUUAAUUUAGGUGAAUGUUUAAUGAUGAUGGAGAGUUAUGAAUAAGCAUGCUAAUUAAUUAAUUUGGUAUUAAAAAUUGAUUCUAAAAAUAUUCAAAUGUUACUAAAAAAAAGUUAGUUCUUCUCUUAAUUUAGGUAUUUGUUUAAGAAAUCUAAAUUAAUUGAAAGAAGCACUUGAAUAGCUUGAUAUUGUAUUAUCUAUUGAACCUAAGAAUAUUGAGGCCUUGAUAUAUAAAUGUAUUUUCUCAAAACAUAAUUAGGCCUAUGUUUAAAAUUAUUAAAAUAAUAUCCUUAAGCACUGCAGCAAUUAGAAAAGACUUUAAGCAUCGAACCAAAAAAUAUUGACCUCCUUAAGGAAAAGGGUAAAAAAUUAUAUUUUCUUAGGUGUUUUGUUAACAAUAAUGGAAAAAUACUAGGAGGCUUUGCAAUAAUUUAAAUAAGUAGAGAAAAUUUAACCAAAUGAUGUUGAAAUUUUUUUGAAUAAAGGUAAGAAAUUUAUGAAUCAAAGGUAUAUGUCUACUAAAACUAAAUGAAUUUGACCAGGCAUUGCAAUAAUUUGAUCAGGCAUUAAGAUUUGAUUCAAAAAAUAUUGAGUUGUUAACUAAUAAAUGUAUUGAGAUUCUUAAUGAAGGCAUUUGCUUAUAAUAAAAGAAAGAAUAUAAAUUGACACUUGAAUGUGCUUCAAAAGUCAUUAAGAUCUAACCAAAAAAUAUCACGAUUUUGAAAAUUUAAAGUAUAGAUUAUUCUUGAUUAAAUAGGUGAUUGUUUAUUUGAAUUGAAAGAGUAUCAGUAAGCAUGCGAUUCUUUAAAUUUGGUGUUAGCGAUAGAACCAAAUAAUAUUGAAAUUUUGUUAAAGAAAUGUAAAUCUAAAUUUAAUUUAAGUCCACGCUCUAAAAUUUCUAGNCAAAAAAUUUUGAUGUUUUAUUGAUGAAGGGUGUUUAAGACAUUUAUAUUUAGGUUUUUGUUUAAAGAUUCUAAAUGAAGUUGAUAAGGCAGUAUAAUUUUUAGAUAGAGCAUUAGAAAUUUAACCAAUAAAUGUUGAAGUAUUAUUAAAUAAAGGUUUAUUGAUUAUUAUUAUUUAGGAAUUUGCUUACAAAUGCAAAAAAAGUUUGAUCAAGCUUCUAAAGUAUUUGAUAAUGCGUUAAAGCAUGAUAAGAAAAACAUAGAUUUAUUAAAGAAUAAAGGUAGUAAAGCUGGUUGAUUUAUAGGGAAUUGUUUAAUUUAACUCAAGAAGCAUUCUGAGGCUUUGUAAUUUUUUGAUCAAGUGCUCGCUCUUUAACCAUAGAAUGUUGAAAUAUUAAUCAAUAAAAGUUUUAGAUAUAUUAAUUUAGGUGAAUGUUUAAUGAUGAUGGAGAGUUAUGAAUAAGCAUGCUAAUUAAUUAAUUUGGUAUUAAAAAUUGAUUCUAAAAAUAUUCAAAUGUUACUAAAAAAAAGUUAGUUCUUCUCUUAAUUUAGGUAUUUGUUUAAGAAAUCUAAAUUAAUUGAAAGAAGCACUUGAAUAGCUUGAUAUUGUAUUAUCUAUUGAACCUAAGAAUAUUGAGGCCUUGAUAUAUAAAUGUAUUUUCUCAAAACAUAAUUAGGCCUAUGUUUAAAAUUAUUAAAAUAAUAUCCUUAAGCACUGCAGCAAUUAGAAAAGACUUUAAGCAUCGAACCAAAAAAUAUUGACCUCCUUAAGGAAAAGGGUAAAAAAUUAUAUUUUCUUAGGUGUUUUGUUAACAAUAAUGGAAAAAUACUAGGAGGCUUUGCAAUAAUUUAAAUAAGUAGAGAAAAUUUAACCAAAUGAUGUUGAAAUUUUUUUGAAUAAAGGUAAGAAAUUUAUGAAUCAAAGGUAUAUGUCUACUAAAACUAAAUGAAUUUGACCAGGCAUUGCAAUAAUUUGAUCAGGCAUUAAGAUUUGAUUCAAAAAAUAUUGAGUUGUUAACUAAUAAAUGUAUUGAGAUUCUUAAUGAAGGCAUUUGCUUAUAAUAAAAGAAAGAAUAUAAAUUGACACUUGAAUGUGCUUCAAAAGUCAUUAAGAUCUAACCAAAAAAUAUCACGAUUUUGAAAAUUUAAAGUAUAGAUUAUUCUUGAUUAAAUAGGUGAUUGUUUAUUUGAAUUGAAAGAGUAUCAGUAAGCAUGCGAUUCUUUAAAUUUGGUGUUAGCGAUAGAACCAAAUAAUAUUGAAAUUUUGUUAAAGAAAUGUAAAUCUAAAUUUAAUUUAAGUCCACGCUCUAAAAUUUCUAGAAUAAUAUUAAAAAGCUAUUUAAGAGUUGGAUAAGAUUUUAAAUAUCGAUAACAAAAAUUAAUUUUGUAUUAAAUAAAAAGGUAACAAGUAAACUAAACAUUUAGGAUUCUGUCUAAAAUUAAAUAAGAAAUAUGAAUUGGCAAUUGAAUGGUUCGAUAAAGCUAUGGGAUUAGAUGCAAAAAAUCUUGAAGUGAUUGAUGCAAAAAGUAAUUAAGCCUAAUCAUUCAUAAAAUAGGUUAAUGUUUAUUAAAGUUGAAAAAGCUUGAUGAAGCCAUCGAAUGUAUUGAAUUGGCAUUAUCAAUUAAUCCAAAACAUGUUCCAUCUUUGACAAUAAAAGGUAUAAACAAUAACAAUUAGGCGAUUGCUUAAUAUCUAAGAAUUUGUAUGAAAAUGCUCUUUCAAUAUUAGAAUUUGCAUUGUAAAUAAACUCCUAUGAUGAUGUUUGUACUUUGUCCAUAAAAGGUACUUUAUAAACAUAUAUAGGGAAAUGCUUAUUGAUGAUGAAAAAGUAUAAAGAUGCUAUUUAGUGCCUUGAUAAAGCACUAGAACUUGAUCAAAAUCAUUUUGAUACACUAAAACUCAAAAGUAUAGAUUAAUUAAGUAAUUCUUAGGCAAAUGCCUAUUACUACUCUAGGAAUUCAAUAAUGCUAUAAUAUAUUCAAAUAGGGCUCUAAGAACAAAACCUAAAAACUUUGAUUGCAUAUUUAUUUAAGGUUUAAUUAUAUUAAUAAGAGCAUAGGGGAGUGCUUAAAAUGCAUUGGAGAUUACAGAAAGGCUAUUGAAUACUUAUCAAUGGCAAUAUCUAUUUAAUCAAAUCACUUUCUUUGCAUUUUCUUUAAAGGUAUUAUCAUGCAUUAAUAAGGUGAAUGUUUACAAUCUAUUGGCUCCUAUCAGGAAGCAAUAAAUGCAUACAAAUUAGCAUUAUAAAUUGAAGAGGAUCACAUCUAGUGUUUAAAAAAUUUAGGUUUGAUAAAAUUCUUAUACUAUAAGGGAAAUGCUUAUUCUAACUGUGUGAAUACCAAAAAGCAUUCGAUUAAUUAGAGAAAGCAUUGCGAAAAGAUCCUAAUGAUCAUUAUUCAUUGUAUUUACAAGGUAUUAAAAUUAUAUUCAAUAAUUUAGGCAAUUGCCUACAGAACUUAAACAAAUGCUAGUCAGCGAUCAUAUAUUUAGAAAAAGCCUUAAUUCUUAAUCCAAAAGAUAUCAAUUGUCUAAACUCACUAUGUAUAUUUUAAAAAUGAUAAAGGUUCUUGUUUAAUGACUUUGAAAAACUAUGAUCAAGCUGCUGAGAUAAUAGAGAGAGUUUUAAAUUUAGAACCCUAUAAUGUUGAGUCAUUGCUUAUGAAAGGAAACUAUUUACAAAUACGAUGCAAUUAUGCAGAAGCAAUUGUAAACUACAAAUCAGUAUUGAAAGUUGAUGAAAAAAAUAUUGAUGCUUUAUCUCAAUUAGGUAAUGAAGGAAAUCUUAGUAUUAGGUAUUUGCUUAAAAAUGAUUUAAAAUUAUUCUGAAGCCAUAAUUUAUUUCGACAAAAACCUAAAAAUAAAUCCAAAUAAUCUGUCUAUAUUAUAUGAAAAGAGUAAAACAGUUAAUAAUUUUAGGUGAGAGUUUACGACUUCUUAGAUAAUAUUCUAAGGCUGUUGAAUGUUUGUAACAAAUAUUUGAUAUAGAUCCUAACCAUAUUUAUUCAAUGAUUUCGAAAUGUAAAACUAUAGAAAAAUAGAUUAUAAGGCAAAUGUUUAAAAGGUUUAAAGGAGUAUGAGAGUGCAGCAAGACUAGUGAAUAAAUUAGUAAAUAUGAUUCCAUUGAAUGUCGAUCUCCUAUUAUUAAGAGGUUUAUAAAUACUUUUACAAAUAGCUGAGUGUUUAAAAUAAUUGGGCAGAUAUCAAAAUGCUAUUCAAGAAUUGAAUCAAAUUAUAAUUAUUGAUCCUUUUAGACUUUCAUCAUUACUUUUAAAAGGUCAAAAUUAUAAUAAAUGAAGGGGGUUGUUUAUCGUUAAUGGGAUAAUAUUAAGAAUCUAUUUUAUGGCUAGACAGCGUUUUAAAAAUCGAUUAAAAUAAUGUUGAAGCCUUAGCAACUAAAGGUAUGCUUUUGUUGUGAAAAUAUAGGAAUGUCUUUAACUAUGAUGGGAAGAUAUUAGGAUGCCAUCGAAUGGCUCGAUAAAGCAUUGGCUAUAGAGCCUUAACAUUUAUAUUCAUUGUCAGAUAAAGGUGUUGAUUAAUUUAAAUAAAAGGUGGUUGUUUAGCGAAUUUGAAUUUACCUUAGUAGGCUAUCAAAUAUUUCGAUUAAGCACUAGAAGUGGAUUAAAACCACUUAUAUUCUUUAUCAUCAAAAAGUAACAAGGUAUUCUAUUAUUUAGGUAUGUGUUUAAUUAUGAUGGGAUAAUAUCAUGAAGCAAUUGAAUGGUUAAAUAAAUCUUUGAGUGUUGAUCCAAAGCACUUUUAUUCCCUAUCUAGUUUAGGUUACAAUAUUUUAUGUAUUCAAAGGAGGAUGCUUAUCAUUGUUGAACUAAUUUCAAGAAGCUAGCUUGUGGUUCAAUAAAGCAUUAGCAAUCAAUUAGUUUGAUGUUUACUGCUUAUCUUAAAAGGGUAUUGAAUGAAAUUCUACUUAUUCAUUAGCCUAUUGUCUAUCAAUGAUGGGUCAAUCUUAAUUGUCUAUUAAAUUGUUCAACAAAGCCUUAGCCAUCAAUCCUAAGCAUAUCUAUUCGUUAUCCGCAAAAGGUAAAUACAAUAAUAAUUUUAGCUCAUUGUUUAAGUCUAAAUGGUGAAUACUCUACCGCUCUAAAAUGUUUGGAGGAAGUGCUCACAUUAGAUCCAAAUCAUGAACCAUCAUUGAGAUUAAAAGGUUUAAUUAAUUAAUAAUAUUAAGAGAAUUGCUUAACAUUAUAAUCAAACUAAAAUGGAGCAAUUUAGCAUAAAUGAAAUUAAAAUAUAUUAUGAAGGAC